AAAUGUCACAUUUGACAUUUUCCAGCGACUGUGCAAGAUUGUGACGUGUAAUUUAUCUAGUGCUAGUGCAGAAAAAUUGAAUUUUAAUCUGUAAAUUAUUUCUAAUAAUUUCAUCUUUUUGGCUUAAUCCAAUUAAAGAAAAUAAUUCAAUAAAAUGGGUAAUUUCCGACGUGAAAAAGAAGACGAGGAUGAAGGUCAAACCAACAUCUAUCAGAACUUGGAAAAAACAUCAGUUCUCCAAGAAACGCGCACAUUCAAUGAAACACCAGUCAAUCCAAGAAAAUGUAUACAAAUCUUGACCAAAAUUCUUUAUCUAAUUAAUCAGGGUGAAGUGUUGGUUUCUCGUGAAGCUACCGACUGCUUCUUUGCCAUGACCAAGUUAUUUCAAUCGAAGGAUGUAGUUCUCCGUCGCAUGGUCUAUUUGGGUAUCAAGGAACUCAGCUCAAUUGCUGAAGAUGUCAUCAUCGUAACCAGUUCCUUGACCAAGGACAUGACUGGCAAGGAAGAUCUAUACCGUGCUGCUGCUAUUCGUGCUUUAUGCAGCAUCACUGACAACACCAUGUUGCAAGCUGUUGAACGUUACAUGAAACAAUGCAUUGUUGACAAGAAUGCAGCCGUCUCUUGUGCUGCCUUAGUCAGUUCCCUACGUUUGGCUGGACAAGCUGGCGAUGUAGUCAAACGUUGGGCCAAUGAAGCCCAAGAAGCUUUAAAUAGCGAUAAUAUUAUGGUGCAGUAUCAUGCUUUGGGUUUACUUUAUCAUAUAAGGAAAUCUGAUCGUUUGGCUGUUUCCAAGUUGGUCAAUAAAUUGACUAAGAACUUCCUUAAAAGUCCUUAUGCUGUUUGUAUGUUGAUUCGUAUCUCAUGCAAAUUAAUCGAAGAGGAAGACUUCAGUAGUGAUGAACUAUCCGAAUCUCCUAUGUUUACUUUUAUCGAGGCCUGUUUGCGUCACAAAAGUGAAAUGGUUAUCUAUGAAGCAGCUCAUGCCAUUGUCAAUCUUAAAAACACAAACGCUCGUGUUCUUUCGCCAGCUUUUAGUAUUUUACAAUUGUUUUGCUCUUCGCCAAAGGCAACAUUACGUUUUGCUGCUGUUCGCACUUUAAACAAAGUUGCAAUGACUCAUCCAGCUGCUGUAACCACAUGCAAUUUGGACUUGGAAGGUUUAAUAACCGAUUCGAACCGUUCCGUUGCCACUCUAGCUAUCACAACUUUGCUCAAAACCGGAGCAGAAAGUUCAGUUGAACGUUUAAUGAAACAAAUCUCUUCAUUUGUUGCUGAAAUCUCAGAUGAAUUCAAGGUCGUUGUGGUUCAAGCAAUAUGCGCUCUUUGCACAAAAUACCCACGCAAACAUACCGUUUUAAUGAAUUUCUUGAGUGGCAUGUUGCGUGAAGAAGGUGGAUUGGAAUACAAAACUUCCAUUGUUGACACAAUCAUCACAAUUAUUGAAGAAAAUGCCGACGCCAAAGAGUCUGGCCUCUCACAUUUAUGUGAAUUCAUUGAAGAUUGUGAACACACUUCUUUAGCUGUUCGAAUUCUUCAUCUCCUCGGCAAAGAAGGACCAUUUGCUAGCAGUCCAUCCAAAUAUAUUCGUUUCAUUUACAAUCGAGUUAUCCUCGAAAGUCCAAUUGUAAGAGCUGCAGCUGUUACAGCUUUGGCACAAUUUGGUGCAUCAUGUCCAGCAUUAUUGGCCAAUAUUAUGGUUCUGCUUGGUCGAUGCCAAAUGGAUCCAGAUGAUGAAGUUCGUGAUCGUGCAACUUAUUAUUAUCACAUUUUGCAAUCAGACAAACAGGAUCUCUACAAAAGUUACAUUAUUGAGAGAUCGAAUUGUUCGUUGCCAUUGCUUGAAAAAGCUUUAAUUGGUCAUUUGAAUGGUGAUCUAUCUGAACAAUUUGAUAUGUCUAUUGUACCCAAAGCAACUAUUAUUAAGGAGGAAGUAUCUAGUGAAACUAUGUUGAUUUCAAAUGCUCCUCGAGUACCCAAAAUCACCCGCGAAGAAGAAAGUGCUGCUCGAUUGGCAUUGCUGCCUGGAAUUCAAGUCCUCGGCCCAAUCCAUCGAACUACGACACCAAUCCAACUUACCGAAAGCGAAACUGAAUACACUGUGCAAUGUGUUAAACAUAUUUUCAAAAAUCAUAUAGUAUUCCAGUUCGAUUGCCUUAAUACCCUGUCCGAUCAAAUACUUGAAAAUGCCCGAGUUGAAUUAACCAUUCCAGAAGGAUUUACCACUAGAGCUGUUAUUCCUUGCCCCAAGUUGCCAUACAAUGAUUUAAAAACCACAUUUGUCAUUGUUGAAUUCCCUCCAGAUGUUGGAAGCUCAGCUGCUACAUUUGGUGCAACCCUUCGAUUUGUUGUCAAAGAUUGUGAUCCAACAACUGGUGAACCAGAUUCUGAAGAAGGUUACGAUGACGAGUAUAUGUUGGAGGACUUGGAAAUUACAGUUGCUGAUCAAAUACAAAAAUCGAAGAAGAGCAAUUUUGCUGCUGUUUGGGAUGCGGCGAAUACUGAAGAAUGGGUUGAAGCUGAAGAUACUUAUUCCCUAUCUGCUGUAAACACUCUACAAGAUGCCGUGAAUACAAUAUUGAAGUUUAUUGGUCUUGGAGCUGCGAAUAUGUCAGAAAAGGUUGCCGAAGGAACACAUACGCAUACACUUUUAUGUUCAGGCACAUUUAGAGGUGGUGCAGAGAUUCUUGUACGAGCUAAAUUGGCUCUUUCUGAAGGUGUCACAAUGCAAUUGACUGUCAGAACGACAGAUUCCGAUCUAGCAGAGCUAGUUACAUCGGCAAUAGGAUAAAACUUUUAAUAUUAUCUUUUUUUUUUUAAUUUUUUUAGAAGCCUAAAAUACUCUAUUCAAGGCUUCACAAUGUUAUUUUUCUUUAUAUUUGUUAGUUUUUUGAAUUUUGAAUUCUAGCAAGUUAAACAAAAAACAA